AUGCUUCCCGCUUGGGGGGGUGCCUUCCAGCCCGCACCCUACAAGCCUAGCUUCCGGAAGUUCGCCAACCCUGCUCCCCUCGGUCUCUGCGCUUUCGCUCUCACGACCUUCGUCUUGAGUUUGAUCAAUGCCAGCACCCGCGGCGUCACGAGCCCUUCCGUUGUGGUUGGCGCCGCUUACGCCUACGGUGGUUUCAUCCAGUUGUUGGCGGGAAUGUGGGAGAUGGCUGUCGGAAACACUUUCGGUGCCACCGCUCUGUCUUCGUACGGUGGUUUCUGGAUCGCCUGGGCCCUGAUCGAGACCGAUGGUCUGGGGCUUAUUUCGUCGUACGAGUCGAAGCUUGAUGCCACCCACGCCGUUGGUUUCUUUCUUGCUGGAUGGUUCAUCUUUACCUUCCUCUGUCUCCUGUGCACUUUCAAGUCGACCGUUGCCUUCUUCUCCCUCUUCUUCUUCCUCGAUAUCACUUUCCUCCUCCUCACGGUCGCCCACUUCACUGGAGGCGCUGACGGCUCCGUUCACCCUCAAAUCACCAAGGCUGCUGGAAUCUUGGGGCUGAUCACGGCGUUUAUCGCCUGGUGGAACGCUGCCGCCGGUAUGCUCGAGUCGUCGAACAGCUUCUUCACUGUCCCGGUUAUGCACUUCCCUUGGAGCGAGAAGGUGAAGAGCGAGAAAGCCGCUCGUUCCGACUAA